UGUCGGGGACGGCCCAGUGUUGCUCCCUCUCUGGAGAGUGGCCCGGACGGCGAGUCCUGCAGCCCCGGCCUUCCUGCAGGCGUUUCCUCCACUCAAGAUCAAUCCAUGUGCCCUGUCCUGGGCCGGCCUGCUGCAAAUCUGCUCUUCCCUUCCCAGUUUGGGAGACAGCCCCCCCAAACUUCUCAGGGGUCACUUUCCUGCCUAUUAGGCCUUGCAGCUAGCAGCUAGUGUUUUGGUCGGCUUUUUGGGCACGGUCCGGGUGGCAUGGAGCGUCCCAUUUGUUGUAGCAGGGAGCAUGAGGUCUUAGUCACCUUAGCUCCCACGAAGGCACCACAUCUUUGAACCCCCGCCUCCUACCCUACAGCCUGGUGCCCCAGGCACUGUGGGUACAGACUCACCCUGCCUCUGCCCCUGCCCUGGAUCACUGCCUCACCUUCCAGAAUGACCCUCCUGCUGGACAAGCAACUUUGCUGUCCUCUGUUAGCAGUCCUCUGGUACCCGAGUAUCCGAUGCAACGUUCCUCUUGGCAGCUCCAAGGAGACACUCCAGAAAAAGAAUGCCGUCCUCUCUGGGUCCCUCAUACUUGCCCCCCGGGGACCCUGAGACCUACCUCGAGGGACCUGAAGGUGCACGGCUGCGUUUCCGGGGAUUCUGCUACAAGGAGGUGGCAGGGCCCCGGGAAGCACUGGCUCGGCUCCGCGAGCUGUGCCGGCAGUGGCUGCGUCCCGAGUCCUGCUCCAAGGAGCAGAUCCUGGAGCUGCUGGUGCUGGAGCAGUUCCUGGGCACACUGCCUCCUGAGAUCCAGGCCUGGGUUCAAAGACAACAGCCAGGCUGCCCCGAGGAGGCUGCUGCCUUGGUGGAAGGGUUGCAGCAGGACCCUGGGCAGCUGCUGGGCUGGAUCACAGCCCACAUCUUGAAGCCAGAGGUGCGACCUGCAGUCCAGGAGACAGAGGCAUCUUCUGGGAGCUCUCAGCCCUCAGUGACAGUGGGCCUCUGUGGAACAGCCCCAGGGGAGGGCCCGCCAGACACCCGGAUGGAAGAGUCUGCCCAGCUCAACUGCAGUGUGAAGGAGGAACUCAGUGUGGAUGGGCAGGAGAUGGCCCCUGUCAGCCCCCUACUUCUGGCCCCAUCAUCCAAGCGCCACCUGCAGCACCGAGAAUCAGCCUCCACAUCGUUAGAAUCAGUCAGGACUCAGGAGCAGUGGGCCUUGCUGGACCCAUCACAGAAGGAGCUCUACUGGGAUGCGAUGCUGCAGAAGUACGGCUCUGCGAUGUCCCUGGGGCUGCCGGACCGGGAAUCGAACCCUGACCGGGAGCUGAGCCCACGCCGCCCCCAUCAGGACCCCCCCGAGCCUCGCAAGCCCUAUAUGUGUGCACAGUGCGGCUGUGGCUUUGACUGGAAGUCGGUCUUUGUGAUGCACCGGCGCUCACACACGCGUGCCCCGGAGCCCAUGCCACAGCCCUGUGCGUCCCGCAGCAUUCCACGCCACACACCAGGUCAUGCCUGUCAGGACUGUGGCCGAAGCUUCAGCUGGAAGUCACAACUGGUCAUCCACCGCAAGGCGCAUGCCGGCCAGCGUCGUCACACCUGCGGAGAUUGUGGCCGUGCCUUCGACUGGAAGUCGCAGCUGGUCAUCCACUGCAAGGGCCACCGGCCUAAGGCACCAUGAAGAGCAGCCACUCCCGAGGUGGAUGGAGGUCAGGACUGUGCUGACAGUACUUGGGCACCGCAGUGGCCACCCAGGCCCUGCUGCCUACUCAGGCCGCAGUGAACACUGACUGCCUCUGUGUUCCAGCACUUCCUGCUGGUGGUGCAGCUCCUGGGCUGUGUGUGGAAGGUGGCAGAAAACCCCAAAAGCACAGCUGGCUUUUGUUCCGAAUAUGGCCUUCUUGUCACCUGUCCCUUCCUGGAUAUUGGUGACCAGAGGAGAAUUUGCCUGGAGCACCUCACAAAUGGCAAGAGAUAAUGCUCAAGCCAGGAAGUGGCUUCAAAGCGGAAAGUAUGCUACUUGAGGUAGCAUAAGGCGAACAGCAGACAAACCAGGACACCACCCACCUGUGAGCAGCCACUGUUCCUUUGUUUUGGUUUCUUUUACCAAACUUACUGUAUUAGGGUGUUCUACACUCUGCUCCUGCAUAUUUAUGAUUUUCCGUGCCCUACUUUUAACCUUGAGUUGAGCAUGUAUUUUUUAAAUUAUUUCUCAGUAGUUAGUAUGGUAUGGUACACAUGUAUGAAGCCUUACACAUGAUAGUAAGAGGUCACCUCGAGGACACCUGGGGCAGUUCAUGUGGAUGCUCCGCUGGGUGUAGGAUGCUCAGCCCCUGCCUAGUCAGGGUGUGGCCCCUCUACAUUUAGGGCUCCCUUUCAGUUAGGUGAGCCCUUCUCACACUUGGUCCACUUCCCAUUAUCAAAAAGAUCCUGGCACAGUUAACUGUCCUCUGCCACCUGCAGAAAAGCACUACCUGCACUAGGCAAGCAGUGCCAGAGAGCUGCCCCCUCGGUCUACUGCCUUCCUGUAGUCCCUCAGUAGUACUGACUCCCAAGUGGGUAACUUAUGUUUGGCAAAGGGCUCUGGACUUUGCAUGCUAGGCCAUCACUGAACUACACCCUAGUGCUGUUUCUGUGAGACAUUUUGAGGCAGGGUCUCACUAGGUUGCCUAGGCUAGCCUUGCUCUUGGGAUCCCCCUGCUUUAGCAUCCUUAGUAGUCAGGAUUACACAUUAGGUGUCUAACAUAAAUUACACUUUGAAAAUGGGAAAGUAUCUGAAUAAGAAUUCUUAUUUCUCACUUCUGCUGGCCAGAAAAAUUAGCAGUGUGUGCUCGUUGCCUGACAUCUCAGAGACAUGCAGGUGUGAGGGGCCAGCCCCAGUGUCUGUCUCUGGCCCCCAGCCCACCUUACUGAUUGGUCAUCCACAUCCCUACCAGCCCCAGUGACCUUUGAGCUCUUAAGGUUGGGUUUGCAUGGCCAAGGAGG